GCGGGGCUCCCGGGCUCUCCCCGCCUCCUCCCGGGCUCCUCCCGGGGCUCCGCAGCACCGGCCCGCCUCCCGUCGCUCUUCCCCUCCCUCGGGCGAUGCGCGGUGCGGCGGCGGGCGUCGCCAACUGAAGGAGCGAAGCCGCCACCGUCGUCGUCGUUGUGGUCGUCGUCGCUGUCGCCCUCCCCGCCUCAUCCUCCCGCAGCCCGGCGACAUGGGCGAGUGCGGAGCCUCCGGGGACGUCAACUCCAACGUGCUGGUGGCCCGCAGCACCGGCGACGCGCAGCUGGACCGGGCGGUGUGGCAGUGGCUGCGCUGGGACCAGAACCAAAAAACGAAGGAACAGAUUGAAAGCUUGUUACAGAAUGGAAAGCACAAGGAGUUACGGGACCGGCUGUGCUGCAGGCUGAGCUUUGGGACCGCCGGGCUGCGCUCUGCCAUGGGAGCAGGAUUUUGCUACAUUAAUGAUCUGACAGUGAUCCAGUCAACACAGGGGAUCUACAAGUACCUUGAGAGGUGUUUUUCAGAUUUCAAGCAGAGAGGCUUUGUUGUUGGAUAUGACACACGAGGUCAGGUGACCAGCAACUGCAGCAGUAAGAAGCUUGCAAAGCUCACUGCAGCUGUCCUGCUGGCUAAAGAUGUACCUGUCUACUUCUUUUCCACCUAUGUCCCUACACCCUUUGUGCCCUAUGCUGUUCAGCAGCUCAAAGCUGUGGCUGGUGUGAUGAUCACAGCGUCCCACAACCGGAAAGAAGACAAUGGAUACAAGGUUUAUUGGGAAAAUGGAGCACAGAUCACCUCUCCUCAUGACAAGGAAAUUAUAAAAUGUAUAGAAGAGUGUGUGGAACCAUGGGAUGGCUCGUGGAAUGAGAAUCUAGUAGACACCAGUCCCCUUAGGCAGGAUCCUCUGAAGAAAAUUUGUGACUGUUACAUGGAGGAUUUGAAAAAGAUCUGUUAUUAUAGGGAGCUGAACACACAAACACAUUUGAAGUUUGUUCAUACCUCAUUUCAUGGAGUUGGACAUGACUAUGUGCAGUUGGCUUUCCAAGCAUUUGGCUUUCAGCCCCCCAUUCCAGUCCCUGAACAAAAGGAUCCAGAUCCAGACUUCUCCACUGUCAAAUGCCCGAAUCCUGAAGAAGGAGAAUGUGUCCUGGAGUUGUCACUGAGGCUUGCAGAGAAAGAAAAGGCUAAAGUAGUUGUGGCCACUGAUCCAGAUGCAGACAGACUAGCAGUGGCAGAACAGCAGGAGAAUGGCUGCUGGAAGGUGUUCACUGGCAACGAGCUGGCAGCUCUGUUUGGGUGGUGGAUGUUUUCUUGCUGGAAGGAAAACUGCUCUGAAGAUGCUGAUGUGAAGAAUGUUUACAUGUUGGCGACCACGGUCUCCUCAAAAAUCCUGAGGGCAAUUGCACUUAAAGAGGGAUUUCACUUUGAAGAAACACUCCCUGGUUUCAAAUGGAUUGGUAGUAGAGUGAAAGACCUCAUAGAUAAUGGAAAAGAAGUUCUCUUUGCAUUUGAAGAGUCUAUUGGCUUCAUGUGUGGCACAGCAGUGUUGGAUAAAGAUGGUGUGAGUGCAGCAGUGGUCAUAGCUGAAAUGGCAACCUACCUGGAGGGCAAGAACCUAACACUGGCACAGAAACUCAUUGAGAUAUAUGAAACGUAUGGAUAUCACAUAUCAAAGACUUCCUAUUUCUUGUGCUAUGAUCCUCCAACUAUCAAGAGGAUAUUUGAGAGGCUUCGGAACUUCAAUACCCCUCAGUCUUACCCAAGUUGUUGUGGUGUUUACAAUAUCUUACAUGUAAGAGAUAUCACCACUGGCUAUGACAGCAGCCAGCCCAGCAGGAAAUCGGUGCUGCCAGUGAGUAAGAGCAGUCAGAUGAUCACUUUUACAUUUCAAAAUGGUUGUGUUGCCACCCUGCGGACCAGUGGAACGGAGCCAAAGAUCAAGUACUACGCGGAGAUGUGUGCGCUGCCCCAGCAGAGUGACAGGACCGUGCUGGAAGAAGAACUUCAGAAGCUGAUUGAAGCUUUGAUUGAGCAUUUCCUUGAGCCUGACAAGAACGGACUGGUCUGGCGCUCUGCUUAGACCUGCUCUCCCUGCUGUUCAGAGCAGUGUCAGCCUGCACUGCUCUCAUGAAACAAAGGAACCAAGAACAGAGCUCACUUUGAUGUCUGUGUGUGUGUGUUCAACAGCUACAUUUUGAUUCUGUGAAGAAGCAGCAUUCUUUUGUCAGGCCUUUCGCCAAAGUCUGAGCUAGAAAACUGGGAUAAAUGAGAGAAAAGGAUGGAAUUUAUUAUUACAGUUCCCUGUCCUUUGACCAACGGGCUCAUUAACCCACACAAACUGAACUAGUGGCUUUAAGACAGCAGGUCUUAGCCACUAGAUCUUAAACUGAUUUCAUGUACCUAACACCUUUUGUGUGAAAAGGGUUUAAAAAUCAGGUAGCGGUGGUAUUUGAAGGAAGAGGUUGCUCCAAACUGACAAAAAAGCUUGCUUCUCCCUGGCUGUUGGGUGUGAGUGUUGGUAUCCUUGUGACAGGUCUUCAUUGCUUAGCAUUUCUUGUUCAGGCAGGUUCUUCAAUAGGACGUUUCUCAGCUACUUGAGUAUCCUUCUGUUGGCAAAGGUGCUCUUGGUGCUUUGUCUCUUUCCUGUUGUGGAUCUUAGAAUAUUUACUUGGCAGUGAAGCAAUAGUGGCAACACGGGCAGUUCCACUGGCAGGUUGGGUUUUGAAUUGCAUGCUGCCUUCCCAAGGCUUCCAAAGGAGUAGGAACUUGGUCAUUCCUUGGUUAAAUUGCCCAUUCCAACAACCAAAGGCCUUGUAGCCAUUUUUUGGUCCCACCUCUCUGAGGGCUCUUGAGCCUUUUUUGAAAUACUAGUUUCAGAAAUUCAGCAACUUUGUAUGAAAAUUCCAGUUAGUGGUUUGUUCUGGUUUUGAUGGCUUGAAUUUCUAUUGUCUGUGUAUUAACAAAAAGGAAGAAAGCAGAGGUGAGACACUACCAUCCUUGGGUUUUUUAUUGUAUUUUUCCCCUUCCCCUCCAUUUUUUGUUUCCCUUCCCCUCCAUUUUUUGUUUCCCUUCCCCUCCAUUUUUUGUUUCCCUUCCCCUCCAUUUUUUGUUUCCCUUCCCCUCCAUUUUUUGUUUCCCUUCCCCUCCAUUUUUUGUUUCCCUUCCCCUCCAUUUUUUGUUUCCCUUCCCCUCCAUUUUUUGUUUCCCUUCCCCUCCAUUUUUUGUUUCCCUUCCCCUCCAUUUUUUGUUUCCCUUCCCCUCCAUUUUUUGUUUCCCUUCCCCUCCAUUUUUUGUUUCCCUUCCCCUCCAUUUUUUGUUUCCCUUCCCCUCCAUUUUUUGUUUCCCUUCCCCUCCAUUUUUUGUUUCCCUUCCCAAAUAUUUAAUUUUUAUUGUCACAUCUUAUAAAUUGAUUUGCUGGAAUAACAGUUUGCAGAUAAUAUUAUUCUCUAGGACAAAUUUUUAACAACUUCCCCAGAUCUGUUUCCUCCUUUUGCUGGAGCAGAAUGUCAUGUGGCUCAUCACUUCUUCCAAAAAAUAGACCAACACAGACAUUUUCAUGGAGAUACCUGGGAUUUCAGAAAAUAGAAGCCACAUUUUGGCUUUAACUGAAGCAACACUUCAAAAAAAACUGCAUAUUGAUUAACUGAGGAUAAUUGCUGUUAAUGAUUGCUGUUAAAUUGCUGAUAUAAACCUCCAGACUAAGGUCAGCAGUGUUCUGGACAUCUCCCUGCUCUCACUUUGCAGUCAUUAGGUGUCAAAAAGAGAGAAACCUGAGCACUUAACCUUUAUAUUGAAGAUUACAUGAGAAGAACCUAAGAUGCACUGAAGUUAAAUGCCCUGUUUUGCCACUAUUGUUGGAUCUCUCAGCUUGUCCUCCAUCUCCUCCCUGUACAGCCUGAUGCUCCAGGGUUGCCCAGCCUGUGUUGCAUCCAGGUGGCUUCCAAGAUCCCCCAGGUCUCAGUGUCUGGGCAUGUGUUGGUGUUUCCUGCUGACAGAAGCUUUGCACUAUAAACCCUGGAGAAGUAUUUUGCUGUGGAUGGGUGGACAUGGACUGCAGAAGGUCUGUUUGUGGUGCACAAAUUCUUAUCCUCCACCUGUAUUUAUUUAUUUGAAAAGAAUUCCCAAAUAGUUCUGCAAUGGAGGGAAAAGCAUCUAAUACCAAAUACCUUUUUUCUUUCCUCUUUUUUGAUUGUACUGAUAUGGUGGGUGAAAGCAUUUACACCUCGAGUAUACUGAUGUUAUUGCACAGGUCCAAGGAGGUUUGAGGGCAUUUCUGACUGCUCCUCUGCCUUUAGUUCCCACAAAAAAAGGUGCAGAUCUGGAUCCUGACUGCACUGAAGGGGAAGAAGGGCCUUGCAGUUGGUUCCCUUGGCAGCAGAUGAAAGCCUGAGGUGGUUUGGAUUUUGUUUUUAAAUAGCCUACCAGUAGCUCAGAAGAAGAUGAGUGACUUGGAACAUAAUUUUGAACAAAAGGGUAAACACUGUAAAAAGCCUAAUGUGUGUGUGGUGAGGCCAGUUGUGUGUUUAUUGUAGCAGUUAGAUGUUUGAGUUGUGUUUGUGCUCCUGCAGAGAGAGCAGGAAUCUGCCCUUUCCCAGAGAGUUCUGCUUUCUAUCAGUAGGCAACUGUUACCAAUGCAGUAUGGAAGAAAGAUGCCAUGAUGUUUUUCAAAUCAGCAUUCUUAGAAGUUGGUAACCAGUCAAAAUAGCUUAAAAUAAUAAAUACAGGGAGAUAAGUACCUGGGAUUCUUCUUGUCAAUAGAUGUGAGCAGUGAGUUGUAGAUGUUCGUAGUGUUUUUGGAAUGACAGCAACAGGCACCAUGUGUUGAAUGUAUUUUAAAGGGUAUAAUAACUAUUGCUGUUUUAAAACUGCUGCUACCAUUGUUUUCCUACUGUAUUUGAACUGUUGGAUAUAUUUAUGUUGUUCCAUUUGUGGAACUCUCCCUUUAUUUCCUCCCUCCAACCUUGCUUCCCUUACUUCUGUUAUGUGAAGGACUGUAAUCCUCUUAUUUCAUUGCCCUGUAACUUUGUUCUACGUGGUGUUAGAGUUUGCUGGGCUUGUGCACAACCUUCUUUCAUUUGUCAGCUGGUUGUUUGGUUUUUUUUACUACUUUUCAGAUAAGAACAAAGGCUUUUCAGACGUAGUAGGAAGCAGAUAAUAGAUCAAAGGGUUGUUUACCAGGUGCUUCCAGUUAAAAUACACCAUUGCAAAGGUUGGUUGGCAGCAAGUCACUGGCUUGGGGGGAAACCAUCCAGCCAAGGGCUUGGUUUGAGCAUUUGAUGGAAGUAGGAGGGCUUGGGUUUUGUCUUUUCCCUUUUUGAUGGGACAGGUUUAAUCUCUGUCUCACUCAGGUAUGUGGUAAAGUUGUGUUUCCAUGGGCUGAGGACAGGACCUCUAUGAGGACAGGAGACUCACCAGGCAAGGGUGGAUGCCUCCAACCCAGAGCCUGUAGCUGAAUUUUUUAUUCUAGUUGUGAUACAGUGUCCAGUCUGUGGGUUAAAUAGCCUCAAGUGCUAUUUCUUCUCUGCUCCUGCACCUCUAAAGGAUUCUUCCUGCCACUCAUGAGUGAAUCAAACUCAAAUGGAAGAGAAGGAGGGUGGGUUUUUACCCCAGGACAGUUUGGCUGGAAGCUCCAAGCACAGCUCUGGCUGCAGCCCCAGUAUCAUGGCCCCUGCUUGGUGUGAUGUCCUGUUCAGGAGGUGAGCCAGGACUGCUCCACCUGCCCUGCAUCCCCAACAGGAUGCAACUGGAAGGAUCCAGCUUUCCCUUGGGCUGCAGGAGAAAAGGGGAUCUUACCUGAGUAGGUCUCCUAAUUUCCUUCAUCUUAAAUACCCAGCUCUUCCUUUUGAGGAGGAAAAAUGCUUAUUUGUGUCAUCCACAGGCUAAACUGACAAUUAAAAUUCAAUGUGUUUCCAUUUCAGGCCUUGAGGUGACUCACAAUGUGCAGUUCUGGGCUGCUCUGAAGCUGUUGCUGGAUCUUUACUUGGAGGUCACCUGCAUGUUGACAUUUAUGGUGUUAUUCCCUGAUUGAUUGGUACUCAGGUAGCACUUGGUGUCCCCUCUUUGGCUCCUGAAGCAUUAGGAGUUUCAGCUCCUGUCUUAGUCAAGGGAGUGUGGGUUGAAACCAUCAGAGUGUUGAGGGAGAAGCCACCAGGUGGACUGAUGGUUUCUGUCAUUUGGAGCAGGGUGGAACUUGUGGUCUGCUUUGGAGAGCACUGCCCAAAGCUGUAGAAAGCACUUGGAUGUUCUCUUUAAUUUAAAAACUAUUCUUGUCAUCACUUUAUUUUCUCUUUCCCCUUCUUUUUGCCCAUUUUUCUUCCGAAGUAAGAGGAGGAGCUCUGUGCAUGGUGACUCCUGGAUGAUCAGAGUCCAUCCUGAUACCAAGCUCCCACAUUUUCCAUCCUCCCUGCCCUUGGAAUUCUCAAGAGUAACUUUGUACAAGGUGAUUGAAGUAUCUGGAAUCCUGGGGAGUUCUGGAUCUGUACUCUUGUUGGCCUGGUGUUUGUUCUUCUCAAAAACUAGGGCCUGUGACAACUAUGGAGUGAGAAUUUGCACUUUCCUGAAGUAUUUCUGUGUAUUGCUCUGUGGAUUUAGCUGAAUGAAGUGUUAGAAGUAAUAAAAUAUUCUCUUCGUAGUAGCAA